ACUAGACAGGACGAUAAACGAGGGAAAGCGCGAAAGCGAAAUGUUUUGUGUUUCAGUUAAUGAAAAUUAACGUUAACGUUGAUUUUGUUUACAAUUUAUUAGCGUGAAGAGUUUUAACAUAUAUUUACCGACAUGGGUAUCUCGGGACUUUUACCGUUUUUGAAGAAAUCUUCAAAACCGUGUAAUAUUUUAGCUUUUAAAGGACAAACUGUUGCAGUAGAUUCAUACUGUUGGUUGCACAAAGGCGCUUUCGCAUGUGCAGAUAAACUUGCUCUUGGCGAACACACAGAUAUGUUCGUACAAUAUUGCAUGAAGUAUGUAAACAAACUUCUAUCGCUAGGCAUUAAACCGAUUAUGGUUUUUGACGGUUUCAAUUUACCGUCUAAAAAAGAGACUGAACUGCAGAGAAAAAAUAAACGAAAACAGUAUAAAGACAAAGCAGCAUCCCUUAUAAGAGAUGGAAAACAUAAAGAGGCUAGGGAAUGUUUGCAAAGAUGUACCGAGGUUACUCCCGAAAUGGCUUUUCAAUUAAUUCAAACAUGCAGGGAUGCUGGUGUUGAUUGCAUUGUUGCUCCCUACGAAGCAGACGCUCAAUUAGCUUAUUUGAAUAAAAUUGGUGUAGCUCAAGUAAUAAUAACAGAGGAUUCUGAUUUAGUUUUAUUUGGUUGUGAGAAAAUAAUGUUUAAAAUGGAUUUAAAUGGCAAUGGCGUUAUAAUAGAAAAAUCUCGACUAAAUGAAUCAAUCGGGUUAAAUUCAGCAUGGUAUACUUUUGACAAAUUCCGUUAUCUUUGUAUCUUAUCCGGAUGCGACUAUCUUGCAUCUCUACCUGGAAUUGGAUUAGCCAAGGCAAAUAAAGUAUUCCAAUUAACAAGACAAACCGAUAUAAGAAUUGUUCUCAGGAAACUUCCGUUAACUUUAAAAAUGUCUUCUCUUAGUGUAACUGAAGAAUAUAUAAGUGGUUUUUUAAAGGCAGACAACACAUUUUUAUACCAAAUAGUAUUCGAUCCCUUAACUAGGAAAUUGAGACGGUUGAAUGACGUACCGGAACAUCUUCAGGACGAAGAUUUGAGCUAUGCAGGAUCAUUUAUGGAAGAAAAAAAAGCACUUCAAGUUGCUUUAGGGAAUAUUAACGUUAAUAAUAAUGAGAUUAUGGAUGUAUACGAUCCAAGAAAAUUCAAACCUAAAUUUAAGACGCCUUUUACGAGCAUUUGGCAUCAGGAUUACAAAUUACCUCGACAAAAGAAUGAAGGUAAUGAAAUCACGGAUAAAACAGAACGAAAUUGCAUGAAAACAAAACGAAUAAGCGUUAAAAUCAAUGGUUUAAAGAGAUCAUUAUCAGAGGAUGAAAAAAAAUUUUCUGAUAGUGAAAUUAAAUUGGAAUCUUACCUAAAUCCUAAAAAGAGUAGAAAAGCUGAAUCAUUUACUGACAGCGAAAAAGAGAAUGAAACUGAAAAAGUGAACGUAUUCGAUUUAAAUUGUUCAAAAUCAUCUCAGAAUCGAAAUAGCGUGCUGGAUAAUAAAGAUAGUGAAAAGAUAACUGUUAUAAUGGACAGUCCAUUAAAGUCACCCCCGAGGAAUAUGUUUGCUAAGAAGAUCAAUUCACCGAAUGAAUCGUUUAAGAGUAGAUUUUUUCAAUCUCUACCUAAUUCGAAGGAAAUAAAGGAUCAAAACGAAGACAAGGAUUCAGUAAGCUCAAAAUUUGGUAGGCCUUCUAUCAACUUAAUAACUUCAUCAAAAGCCAAAAAGGCCUUUAAGCCUGUUUUACCCCUGCGACCCCGGACGGAAUUGGAAAAGAAAAAGGAAGAAUCCCCAAAUAAAGAUGUUUUGGAUAAAAGCGAAUCUAAGACAUCCGAUACAGACGACUUGGUCAAUUCUUCUUUUAAUUCUCACGAAGAUACGGAUAAAAGAGACGUCAAGGAAUGCGAAAAAAUUGCAGUUGUUGAGCCUCCCGAAAAGAAAUAUUUACAGAAGGCGAUCUCGAAAACGGACACCCUUAGAAGUUCUAAAAGUCUACCAGCAUUAGAUAGACAAAAAGACAUUUUAGCGUAUCUGGACCAAUAUAUGAAGAGUCCAGUGGAUAAGAUGAAGCCCCUGAAAAGAUAA